GCUAAACCAAAAGAAAGAAAAUCUCGAGAAAAAAACAGUGUUUAGCAAUGGAUGUGGCUCCGUCUCUCUCAUCUCCCUCUGUUUCAUUCUUGCUGAACUAAUGUGCUGUAUUGAGAGCUGGUGGUGAGUGGAAGCUUUAAGGAGGCUGUGUUUUGUUUGCGUUUGGAUUUGGUGUUUUGGUUGAAAGGGUGAGUGGUUCACAAUGCCUAUGUAUGUGGCCUCAAGGAGGGGUGAAAGGGUGGUUGAGUUUGAGGGUGGUGGAGAUGCCCAUGUUCUAGAUCUGGACACUGCUGUGAAGGAUGGAGUGUUGGGAGGAAUUGCAGGUGGAGGUUUUGGUGGGCCGGUGGCGUUUGGGGAGAAGAUGGAUCUAAAGAAGGUGAUAGAGGAGAUGGAUUUGGGUGAGGUUCCAAGUGUGUUCAUUUGCCCGAUUUCGCUUGAGCCUAUGCAGGACCCUGUGACCCUUUGCACUGGGCAGACCUAUGAGAGGUCCAACAUUCUCAAAUGGUUCAGCUUGGGGCACUUGACUUGCCCCACAACUAUGCAGGAGCUUUGGGAUGACACACUCACUCCCAACAAGACCCUUUACCAUUUGAUUUGCACUUGGUUUUGGCAGAAGUACUUGCAGAUGAAGAAGAGGUCUGAGGAUGUGCAGGGAAGGGCAUUGGAGAUUCUCGACACAUUGAAGAAGGUAAAGGGCCAGGCUCGAGUUCAAGCCCUCAAGGAGCUCCACCAAGUCGUUUCGUCUCAUGGCACUGCUAGGAAGACAGUGGUUGAUGAAGGCGGGAUAACGCUACUUUCCUCGUUGCUCGGUCCUUUUACUUCUCAUGCGGUUGGCUCGGAGGUGGUUGCGAUUCUUGUUAAUUUGAAUCUUGAUUCGGAGUCCAGGAGGAAUUUGAUGGAGCCUUCCAAGAUUUCUUUGGUUGUGGAUAUGUUGAACGAGGGUUCUAUAGAAACCAAAGUCAAUUGCACUAGAUUGAUUAAAUUGUUGAUGGAGGAAAGUGAUUUUCGGAUUGAAAUUGUCUCGAGUCAUAGUUUGUUAAUUGCUUUGAUGAGGCUCGUGAGGGAUAAGAGGCACCCGGUUGUACACUUGCAUGGUCUUCAACUUCUCAAAUUAAUUUGCUCGCAUAAACAAGUAAGAAGCUUGGUUGUUAGCAUUGGAGCGAUUCCUCAAUUGAUGGAACUGUUGCCAGGUAUGAAUCCGGAGUGCCUAGAACUCGCUCUGUUUAUUUUGGAUACCUUGUCUUCGGUGCCUGAAGGGAGAUUGGCUUUGAAGGAUUGUUCAAAUACUAUACGGACCAUGGUGAAACUACUUAUGAAGGUUUCUGAAAGCUGUACACAGUAUGCUCUCUCAAUUUUAUGGUCAGUGUGUAAAUUAUCGCCCGAGGAGUGCUCAUCAGUCGCAGUGGAUGCUGGCCUUGCAGCGAAGCUUCUGCUUGUUAUACAAAGUGGCUGCAGCCCAGUGUUAAAGCAACAGUCUUCUGAGCUCUUGAAGCUAUGCAGCCUAAAUUAUUCAGAUACUAUCUUCAUUUCCAAGUGCAAACUUAACAGGACGAUACAGUGAAGGAGAAAGAAGGUUUGGGUUUUGAAGACUAUGUCACUGCCUCCUCCCUUUACCAGGGCGAAGCUCGACGAACUACAACAGUUGGGGUCCGAAGCUAAUAGUUUCACCAUUCUAAUAAAGCACAUCUCCAAAUGGUUUGGUCUCCAAAUGGUUUGGGUACGAAUUCAGCCCCGCGUACAUAUCAACUUUCAGGUAUUGGUUUCAUCAUAAGAAGAGUCACAAUGCGGACAAAAGCACCCGAAUGGUCCCUUUUUAAAAGUUAAAUGUUUAUUACCCCAUUGCUAGUGAUUCCUGUUGAAAGUUUUGAAUAAAUGCCGAAAGAGCAUUGGCUUCUUAGACCCUACCCUUUUAGGAAGACUUUACCUUGUAAAUGAAUAUGGGGGCAAAGGAAAAUGCUUGAAACUAGAGGCCUAGAGCUAGACUUUUGCUGCAUUCUUGUGGAGCUCGCAAUUGUAAUUGUAAUUGUUAACCAGUUGCUUUGCUCCACAAAAGCCUCGAUCUUACUUUCCUUAGUGAUGCAGGAACCUCCCAAUUUUCCCUAUGCCCCGGGGGGGUUUUGGUUGGUUUUCCUUUAGCGAUGUAAAAUGUAGACACCAAAGUGGCCUUCAGCCAACUGAACUGCUACCGAGUUGUAGAAUCAAAGACCAAUACCAUCUCCUGCAUAUGAAAACUUAGUUUCAAGAAUUCUUAUAAGUACAUGUCUUUCCCUUGAUUGUAUUCAUUGCCCUGCCAACAUCUUCAUAA